AACUGAUGUAUGCUAUGCAAUCCUCCGUCUGUCUCUUCGUCCGUCGAUUCACCCAUUGCACGCAGGUAGGUAACAAGCAGCAGCAAAGCGCGAGAGUAAGUGUUAGCAAGCUCCAAAAUGCAUCUGUGUGUGUGUGUAUGCUGGCCCGCCUCUCAUCGAUAGACACGUUGACAUCACAAGUGCACCGCCGUCCCUCCCGCCCUCAGUCAGCUAGAAGUAGUAGACUGGCGACAUUUGCUGCUGUCUUGGGGAGUUUUCCACACUGAUGCCGCGGAUCGCAGACAGGUCGAGCUCCAUGGCUAGCUCACGCAUCAGCUCCAGGUCGGGGCUCCUGUCGAAAUACGCUGCAAUCAAACAAUCAAUCAGAGAGCGCACAUGCCAUGCCAGCAAUCCCCUCACUCUGUCCAUAGAUAGGUGGGUCAUCCUAUUGUGCCAGCUCACGUUGUGGGGCAGGCGAGAUUGACUCAUGGACAGCCUCAUCCACCAUGUCACAGUCGGCUGGGCCGGGCGACAAGUCCACCACCACUGCAUGGUCUGGAGCGAUGCCCAUUUCGAUGUCUCGCCCAUAGUCCUGCGUGUCUCGUCUGCUGACAGGCCUAGCCGCCUCACUAUACCAGUUGGGGGACCUCUGCACAGGCGACCGCUCCAGUGGCGUCACGAAUGCGCUCCUCGAGUGCAGGGGUGGGUGGAGGCUGACGCGUGGGGUCAUGGACACACUCUUGACAGAAGGCACUGGCUUGAGGUAAAUGGGAGACAGGGCCCGCCUCAGCUUCGACUUGAGGUCGCUUCCCGGCGGGGCGUUCUUCCGAGCCUCAGCGACGUUCUCCAUAUGAGCCUGGACGGCCCGCCAGAACAUGCUGCUCUUGUCGAAGCAGCAAUAUAUGAUGAAGAAACAGAUGGGAACCAACACGAUCAGCGGGAUGGCCACACUGUUGAACACUUGCUCCUUGUCUCUGGGCUUCUUGCCGCCCCUCAGGGAGGGCAGCUCUGAGCCGUCGACGUCCACUGGCGUGUUGCGUGGAGGCACGUCGUCGUCACUGACCCUGUCUAUCUGGUAUGAGAAUGUCGCUUCCGAGAAGCCGUUCUUAGAAUUGGCGUUACUGACAGAAGAGUCGUUGUCUUCAUCGACUUGGCUGGCAGACGGUGACGGCGACGGAGUGAGAGCAUGGGAGAGAGAGCCGGCAGCAGAAGUUGUAGGGGCGGCAUUUGUGCUGGUGUCGUCCUUGGCUGCAGCAUGGUCUGUGACUGCCGCAUCAGCUUCCGCUCUUGUCUUUGCCGGUGCGAAGCUGACAUCAGAGGAGGCGUCGUCGACAGGGCCCAUGCUAUCGGCUUCCGUCUUGCCCUCGGUGCUCUCUGCCGCCUCAUGCUGAAACUCAUGUGCCGUCUCCUGCGUCACAGGAUCUGUAUCUCUCUGCUGUUCCUGAGACGCGAUCUGCUCGUCAGCAGCUGCCGGGACGUCGGCAGCUGGAUCGCUGACUGUCGCUGGGGCUCCAAGAGGUGCUGCUGCUGGUGAGAUAACGGGGGCUUUGGUGGUGGUCGGGGCACUGGCUGAGACAGGAUCGGGCUGCCCAGGUGAAAGACGGACAGGUUCGGGAAGGUUGCUCUCUUCAGCAACAUUUGAGGGCUUCUUGAUGCUCUCGCGCACCGAAGCUUCUUGUUGCUUCUUUUUCUCUCGGAGAAGGUUGCCCUCUGGCGUUGGUGUUGGCUGGGCGUCCUCGUUUGGUGGGCUGCCCUGAGUGGGCUGUUGUUUAUCCUUCUUGUUCUUCUCCCGUCUCUUGCUCUUUGGUUGUCCUUCCUUCGACAGCACCACAACCACCUUCCCACCGGACGAUCCAGUCUCGACAUUCUUGGCCGGAGUAGGCUCCUCAUCGGCCGAUUUGGCGGCAGAGCCACCUCCCGCGAAUGUCACAUUCGCCGCUGAGGAAGUCUGCGAGACGCCUUUGCGGCCGCGUUUCUUGUCCUUGGUUUCCUUCUUGCAGCAUUUCUUGUCCUGUUUCUUUUUGCCUGUUGUGGGCGAAGGGAAGCCUUCGAUGUGCGGUCUCUUCUUCUUCCCCUGCAGAUGGGGCGGGACGAGGUUGGCCAAGAGAUCCUGACCAGGAGAGAGAGCACCAUGCAACUAACUAAUGAAUGCCGUCGCUUGAAGGUUCUUGGCUGUAGGAGCGCAUAGCAUACCUUUCUGCAUCCGCCAGUGAAGCCCUCAGAUGAGAAUGUGCCCGAUGCACUCCCAACGGCCUCUGAAAGAUGGAGGGGAGGAAGGGAAGGCAGCAGACCGCCAAUGUGUGAUGUGGCGUGCGCCGUAUGAGCAAAUCUGAAUGCGUGUCUCACCGCCGAGCUUGGCCCUGACCGUCACAGUGUGAACCUUAUCGUUACGUAGAGCAGAGCAAAAACCUGAUGGAAUGGACAUAGAGAGGUCAGCAAGCUUGGUUUGCUGGCGGGCAGCACGCCGCAGUCAGGACAUACCGAUGAUGUAGUAACUUCUUGUGACGGCAUCGAGAUUCCGAAAGAGAUUCUUGAAAUGGGUCUGCAGCUGAUGGUUAUCCUGCAAAGAACCAGACGAGAUUUUGCCGCCGUGGCCACCGAGCUGGCAGUGCCUUACUACUGAUAGACACAUACCCUUGGCUGAUAGAUGGCGCCGCCUCUGCCGAACUCUUGGAGGAAUUCGGGGUCGCUGCGAGAGCCGUAGGCGGGAGGGACGGCCACCUGCGAGACAAGGCAAGCUUCCGUGCCGUAAGGCGCCUCGGGCAAUCACUUCAUUGGUAUUCAGCUUACAGAGAAGAAUGAAAUGCGUCUGCGCGCUUGCUGCACUCGAUGGAGGGCAUACUGCCGACUCCUGCGUUUGGCCAAGUCCUAACCGACAACGAGGAAGAGGCCAAUGGAUGCGUGCGCUGUCCCCCUCUGGCGUCUCUCACGUACUUUGCCGUCUGAGAAUAGUAUCAUGGCUCCUGCCUGCAGCAGGGACUCGUGACGGCGUUGCUCCUCGUCCAUCCUAUCCUGGGCGGAGAGACACCAGCACUUCUCAAUGCAGUCAGCCUUCGAAGGAUGUGUGUGAGAGCGAACCUCAAGGACUCUGAUUGCCUGGCCGAUGCUGCCGUAGAGAUUGGUUGAUAUGUCCUCUGAGCGAUAAGUCACGAUAGCCCUCUGCGCAAAUGACAUGUAGGCAAGGGACGCGGGCUCACAGAGACACAGGUCUCUCAUUCUCGCCGCGUCUGGCCUUACCGCGAGAGUUUGAGAGAAGUCAUCUUGAGAGAAAGGUAUGAGCAUCUGAAGGUCCCUACGUCCGUCGAAAGCAUAGAGGGCGCACUCCACUGCGCCCCUGCACAGCUGCAGUGAGAUGCGCGUUAUGGUAGGUAUCGAUGCGUUGAGCGAGGCCCGCGCAGAGCCGGACAUGUCCACCAGGAACAACACGAAGGACCGAGACGUGCGAUUCUGGUGUCAGAAAUACGGCACGCAUGAGUAGGGCGCUUGUCGUUAAGGCGUACAUCACUCAUCACCUGCAGAAGGUACCAUUCAUUCUCAUUUCCGUCCCAGCGGCCGUCCUGAUAUGCAACGCAGCAAAGAAGGAAUGUCUGCGAUGAACGGUCAUGACCCAAAUGCGGUGUAGACUGACUGACCUCUUCAACACGGAAAUCGACGCCCGAUGAUAUGGGUGUGCCCCUGCAGUCCUCAAGGCGGAAUGCCGUGUAGACUUGGGCUGGCAAGAGGGUCUCAACGGUGAAGUGCUUGAGGGAGAGGGAGCAGUUCUUCUGUGUCGACACACACACGCCCCCCAAGCCUUUGUCAAUGCCCUCGCCGACGCAGCGCUCAUCGUCUCCACAAUCCGUUGACUGCACAUACGGACAUCAGCACACAGAACACGAUUCGAAGCCAAUCGAGCCCAGCAGACUCGGGUGCUCUGCUGACCGUGAUGCAUGGCGUGACAUGUGAUGUGUCCAAAUCGACUGCGGUGAGAUUGAACUCCACAGAUGCAUUUCUGCCCCGCACGACAACUACUGUCGCGUUACUCGGCGGACGAGUGACAGCCACUGUGCGAUUCCCCAGAGAGAUGGCCGCCGUCCCGUUGUGGACUUCCUGCCCUGCCGUCUCGCCCUCACAGUUGCACGAAGUGGGAGGAGGAUGCGGACAGGUGCAGUUGGUGCUGUUGAUCAUACUGGUAGUCGGCUCAGCAGUGCCGGUGCCUGUUGCGUUGAUGGGCUGCUUUGCAAAGACGGUAGCCGAGGAGACGGCAAGAAACACGAACGCUCUUGCAACAUUGCAAAGGGGCGGCAUCGUGGUCAUGAAAGCCUGACACGAGGAAGGCAAACUGUGAUUCAGCUUGCCUCUUGCACUGCAAUGCAUGCAAUUGGAGAGCGCUUACGUGAAAUGGCGGUCGUUGGCUCACUAAGCAAUGCUUCUGAGACGCUGUCAGCAAAUGUCAAGAGGAACACUUGAGAGGAGCAAUCUUCGCGGGGAGGAAAGGAAGCGGUCGGAAUGAGAUUGCGAGCUCGGCGACGUCUUGGCCGUUUCCGGCCCGCAUCAAUACACGGUUCCGAUCUUUGUCAGCUGCGGCAACCACCCAAAUAAUCACAAUCAAACUCAUAUAUGUCCAAAAAUCCUCACGCAAAGCGCACACAUGCAUGCCGCCUAGCAACAAUCGUCACAGCCGACAUAAUACCGACACGCAUGAAUACGCUCAACGCCUCCUUGCAUUACCACAAGGGCUGCCGGGGAAGCACCGCACGCCUCUUGCCGAUCCCGCCCUGUCAUCCUGUCGUCAGCCGACGAUCCUCGGCCCUCUCGCGUGCACGGGCCUUGCAGCAGGACGCAUAGGGUAGGAACGCGAUGGUCGGGGAGGCACCAUUAGAGGCGGCGGCGGACGAAAGUAUGGAACCCGUGUGUCGAAACGCCUCACUGCGCUCCUCUCACUUAAACCUCUUUGUUCAUUCGCAGGCGGAGGGAUCCCAUGCGCAGUUGUCCUCGCUGGGCGGGCCAUUCGGGCGCUGUGAGGCGCUCUCUGCUUGGCCAGGCGGACAGCAAGGUCAGGGAUCAUGGGAAUCCUCGGCGGCGAAGGUAUGAGGGGCGGAGAGGGAAGCCAUGCGAUAGGACUGCGAUUUACGAGAGGCGGCACAGGCCGAGGGGUCCCAUGCGGCGGCGGGGGUAGCACAAGCUGUACAACAGACUUUGCAGCCUCCAUCUCCCUCACGGGCGGCCUUUGGCCUUCCUCAAAGUCGCGCACGCGGAAUGGCGAUGCCGGUCGGGAGGGAGACGGGCUGGGGGUGCGUCGAGCCACCAAACGAGACGCGGAACGACCACGGUAUCUCGGACUUCUCGAUCUCUGGCUCACUACAAGAGGGUCGCCGAGGCCUAGAGACCCGCUGGGCGGAAAUGGGCUGCAUCUCUCCACCAGGGGGACAAAGGGCUCAGCCAAGGGGAGAAAUCGGUCGCUGGGGCGGGACUUGGGCAGAGGGUGUCGUUGCAGUUGCUGAAUAGAGAAUAUCUGCUUCGGAGCUGGCGUGAAGAACCGCCGAUGAUAAGUUGUCGUGACAUACGGACGAAGAGGAUGAGGACGCCUCGCGAACUCAGGACUGAGACAGAGCCAUGGACACAUGUCUUCGCUGUGGCCUGGUCAUUGAUGGUUCUGUCUGACCCACCCGAGGGGACGAUAGAAGGUCCUCCGAUGCAAGGGGCCCGACUGCAUGCGAGGAAGCGUCCUGAACAUCGAAUGCGGAGGCGCAGAGGGGCUUCUCCGCAGCGCCGGUGGGACGGACAACAGCUCCCUGUGAGACGUCGUCGGCGCAGGUUCGGGCAGAGUGGACGCCGGCUCCUCUUGCGGCACCUGUGCACUUAUCUGGUCAAGGGCGCCUGACAGCAUCCCUUGCACCAUCUCACGAGCAACCGCUGUUGCGAUGGCACGGCUCACUGUCUCACGCGCCAGCUGCUUCACCUUCUCCAGCUUCUCUAUCUCCUCCUCAGUGGGCUCCACUGCCACGACUUCCUCCUGGUAGUCGCUGAGCAGCAGGAUAGACGAGCGAGAUCGUUUGGUGAUAAGGGGAUGCUCCGAUGGUGGCUCUUCUUCUUUCUCAGCCUUCAUGGCUGCCGUGUCGGACUCCACCUUCAUCUCCUCGAUCUCCGCCCGCUCCAGAAACCUCUUCCCCUGACAACACAAGAUGGACAGAGAGAGACACACACAUACUGUAUGGAUCUCCCUCUUGGUCUGCUUCCUUCCAUCUGAGUCAAACCACGAUCGGGCUCCUCGGCCUCAGACUUGCUCCCUCAUCUUCGCUCUCUUCCUCUUCGUCUUCUUCGUCCUCUGCAGAGAGAGGCUCGCCAAGGCCCAUCAGCUCGGCCGCAAGGGAUUUCCUGGGGACGGGACACACCAAGUGAAGCAAAUCCAUGUCGACCAUCAGUGCAUGACAUGACAUUCACAAGAAAGUGCACCUUCUUGUGAAGCCGCGGCCAGGGACUUCCUCCAGCGGCUCGGCUUCAAUGGCUGACUCAUGCUCGCUUGAUUCCAAGUCACUCUCCUUGUCAUCAGACCAUUCUGAUGCGAGAAAAGCGCGAGACACCCACACCACUUCGUAUAUGUUGUCGUCUUCGACUUUUGUUUACGCUGGUCUGGUAGUGGAGUGAGGGCGAUUGGCAUGACGGCUGCGGGGCUGAUUGUGACAGCGGUGCGCCGCUUGAACUUGUAACUCGAACGAGCCUCUAUAAUAGCCUUCAACUCCAACUGCACAGGAACAGACAGACAGACCGACAUGUAUAUGCUUGGCAACGGAGCCAGGCAAAUGGCUACGGCGUGCAGAAUCAUACAUUUUCAUUCUCAAGUUUGUCGUGUUUUUGUGUGAGUGCAUCGAGCUCCUUGCGCAGCUCCUCGAGCUCCUCCUCGAGCUCCUCUUCGCGCUCAGACCUGCACAGACCAAGGCAGUGACUUUGAUCGUGUGCCAAUAUGUCUUGCCUCGGCUUACGGUCCUUCGCACUCUGCCAGUGCCUGAGCCUUCGUCGCCUCGAUGGCUUCGGCCUUUUUUUCAACCUCCUGCUCGUGGAGAUCGCGCAGCUCGUGCAGCUCCUUCAGCCUGUGCUGAGACUCGCGCUGAGACAAGCAGGCAACGCAAGACAACCGGUCAGUUCUGUGAAGCCGGCAGACACUCCAUGUAUACGUGUACCUUUUGUCUCUCCAGCAGUCGUUGGAGCUCGCUAAUGCGGUUCUCGUAUUGCCUCUGGAGCUCGCGAGACUCGUACAGAUCCUGACAGACACGACAAAGAUCGACUGGUUCCUUGUUCGUCUUGAAGUGGCUCCCUCGCUUCGACAUACGUUUUGGGUCUUUUCGAGCUGCCUUGUCACGGCCUUGCUCUCUUCAGCUUGCUCCUUGUAUUCACGCAUGCUCUGCCGCGAGGCAUUCAGCUCGGACCGCAACUCGUUGAUCUCCUCCAGCAACGCGUCGUACUCCUCAGCCAGAGAAGCCUCCUGCAAACAGCCGAGACAAAAGCAGGGAUCAUGUCUCGGCCGCUCCACUCGUCCGCCUACUUUUUCUUGCUUCUCCAGUCGCCGCAUCUUCUCCUUCUUGACGAGCUCGUCUUUCUCCGCCCUGAUGUGCUCGAUCAUGGCAUAGAGACGCUCUAUCUCACUCUCCUGCAGAUGGACACACAUACCAUGGUGUUGUCGGCGAGGACAUACGCAGCCCCACCGAGGCUCUCUUACCCUUCUGCGUUGUUCCUCCUGCAGUUCACGCACCACCGACUCAAGCAUACCCGUCCUGGAUCUCAUCCGCUUUGGCUCCGCCAUGGUGGCGGCCCUGGUUUCCUUGGAAGCCCUUGCAAUACCCAUGACCAGGGCCUUGGUCUUGGCCCAGCCCCUCUUCUCAUCCGGCCUGCCCUCGCCCCCAGGCCUCUCACUUCCAGACCUGCCCUCAACAGACAGGUCCCGCGUCUUCUCCCGCUGCAGCAUGGAUGCGGGACGCGGCCUAUCCUCCACAUGCCGGCCGUCCGCUGAGGACGGAGCUGCGGCUGCAUCCAAGUGAUCCCUACUGCCGCUGCCCUUCUUGAUGGCCGCUCGAAGGCCCGCCGUGUUUGCAAAGACCGGCAUUUUCUCCUCCCGCUCCUCGCUCUGCUUCCUCUCCUCGCUCUGUCUUCGGUACUGCAUCGUCGUCUGCCGCUUCACCUGAUGCAUCGCUGGCUUUCCACUGGCAGGUGGUCUGUCAUUCCUUGGCAACGGUGGGCGGCCUGCUUUGGAAGCGGCGGGGGCGGCCGGUGGCGGCUCCCUUCUCGACGGCUGGUCGGCAGGCAUGUCGGCAGGGGUCAACUCUCGUGCGGGAGGUCCGCUGCUGGAGCGCAAGGCACCCAAGGCCUCCCGGGCUUCCUGCAUGCCUCUGGCGCUCCAUUGUCUUCUCAGAGGGGCCAGCGCUCCCCUCAGGCCGACUCCUCCUCCGAGGACGUCAGGAGUUGCCCGUCCUUGCAGCCGAGGGCCAGACAGGUCCGCUGACGCCAACUUCUUGAGGGAGGGGAUGGAGGGAAGGGCUGAAUGGCUUCCUCGCCGCGUCCCAGUGAGUGAUGCCUUGCUGAAGGUGCGUUGCGGUGCUCUCGGGCGGCUUGUAUCCAUCGG